AGCACUGGUUGGAAGUGAACUAAAAUGUAAAAGACUAAUAACACCAGGAGGGGGCAGUAAGCGGAACCUCUGGACACCAAUCGAAGCAAAACACUGAAGAAGAAGCGGCGGAGUCGUUGGUUUGUUGACGCAUUUAUGCCGCGAGUUUAAUUUUGUAGAUAUCAGACAGUUACCUCAGAGCAAAUAACUUAAAAAUCAGUUUACAGGUUACAUAUCGUGUUUUCAGCAGUAGCUAACCUCCAGUUUGUGACUUUCCUUUUUGCCGACUUUGUUGUGGUUGUCUGGGAAAUCUUCGGUUUGGUUUGUCAACAGUUCUUCCACUUGAAAAUGUCAGUGGAUACAGAGGAAACUCACCAGAGGUUAAAAGCUGCAGUUCAUUAUACAGUGGGUCGUCUCUGCCAGAAGAUCGGUGAAGACCACCGGAGACAGUUCAGCCGACAAGCUAUAGCGGCAAUAGCCGAGACGACAUUCAGACAGUGUGAUAUAUUUGCAAAAGACCUGGAGGCUUUUGCAAGGCAUGCUAAAAGAAGCACCGUGUCUGUAGAUGAUGUGAAACUUGUAGCCCGCCGCAGUACUGCUUUGUCCAUCUACAUACAAAAUAAAAGUGACGAACUGACCCAGGAGCACAUGAGUUUAAAAAAGAAGACUACUGCAAAGAGAAAGAACAUAGAAACUGAGGAGGAAAGCAGAGAAUAAGGACAGGACACAGGCAAGCCUGCGGUAUCUGAUUUGAGCCCAAUCAAUCAAAUAAACAUGAAGACUGACUUACAUGUAUCUGAUAAGCCGAGAGCCAACAAAA